UCCUCUCUGCGUAGGCUUACCUCGGGGAUCUUUUUGUACCGCUCUGUCGCUUGCGGUCAUGCUGUCUGUAAUGCGCAUGCGUAUGUAUCCAGUAACCAUGUCAACCUUUUUGGUAUCAGCACUUAAAAUGAGUUAGCGCGUCAAGCUGCCUCAGUCUCCACACUUUCUCUCAACUCAGCCUUUUUUUGUACAAACAUUUAUUGUCGAGAAUAUGGAAACCUAUGUUCUUUUUCCCGGAGAGGCAGAAGGAUAUGUCCAAAAUCUGGAAACAUUCUCACUCAGGGACAUUGGUUCUCCAAGGUGGUUCAAACAACAUGAGUACAUAGAGAAACUCAACAUGCAGGCGAUAUUGAACGCUUCAUCCACAGCCACUCAGGACGAGUUCGUCAAGGAGCUCCUUGUGUCACUGGGAAAGAUUCCCACCCUGGUCCAUGAGAUGAUUCUGGUAGAGCUUUGGAAACAGAAGGUGUUUCCUAUUUUCUGUCAACUCCAAGACUUCAAUCCGAAGAGCACCUUUCCUCUGUACAUGGUGAUUCACCAUGAGGCUACAAUCAUCAACCUACUUGAGACAAUUAUGUUUCACAAGGACUCCUGUGAGGCAGCAGAUGACUCAGUCCUGGACCUGGUGGACUACUGCCACCGCAAACUAGCCCUUCUGGCCAGCAGAGCAUCCAGGGAUGACACCCCAACAAAAGACCGACUCAGUCACACAGAGAGUGGAGACUCAUCCUCUAUACAGGAUUUGCAGGGUCAGAAUGCGGCAUUAGAGUUUGAAAUUUCCCUCAAGGCUCUGUCUGUCCUGCGCUACAUCACUGACCAUACUGACAGUAUCAGUGUGAUCAAUAGGAUGCUGUGCACCCAUAACCUGCCCUGUGUGCUGGUACAGCUGGUACAGCACAGCCCCUGGAGUCGCUAUUCUGCAGGCGCGAUGGAGAAGUACAUGAAUGGAAAAUGGCAGAAAGUUCCAUCUGAAGACCGUCUAAAGAUGACUAAAUUGGACGGCCAAGUCUGGAUUGCUCUGUACAACCUGGUGCUGAAGGAAGACUGCCAAAGGAAAUAUGACUUCAAUAACUUCAACAAGAACCAGCUCUUAAAGUUACGAGGUUUCCUGACGGAGGUGUUAGUUGACCAGCUGCCCAACCUGGUAGAGCUCCAGCGCUUCCUCAGUCACCUCACUGUCACAGACCCUGCCCCUCCAAAGAAAGACCUCAUCUUGGAACAGAUUCCAGAGAUGUGGAACAACAUUAUGCGGGACAAUACAGGGAAGUGGAAGGCCAUUGCCAAGUACCAAGUGAAGGAAACGUUCAACCCCUCAGAGAAGGACCUGAGACAGCAAGCACUCAGACUGGCCCAGACCUAUAACCUGGAUGUGAUGGAGAGUUUGAUCCCUGAGAAGCCCAAGUGUGGAGCCUGUGGGGCCGAGGCUUCUAAGAGAUGCUCCCGCUGCCAGGGAGAAUGGUACUGCCAGAGGGAAUGCCAGGUGAAGCAUUGGUCCAAACACAAGGUUGCCUGCCAGCUGAUGGCCGACGGCACAGAGAAGCUCCAGAAGGACCUGGCCGUAACGCCUACAGAGAGAGAGGCAGACAUAACUGACAUAUUGGACUGAGUGAUGGGAGAGAGAAGGGGCUAAGUCAAUGGACAGUUCUCUACCUAAAUGCCAUUUGGGAUGGGAUUUGAAUGCAGUUGGUUUUGGACUGUUUAAUGUAAACAUUUUGAGGUUUGUCUCGAUUCAAUUCCAACUUCUAGAUUUUAUGAAUUACAAUGAUAAUCUAACUUGUGAUUAGAAGGGUUAAUUUAAGUAAUGAACUGCUCAGCUUUUGUUAUCCCUUUGAUCUCAGACCUGAUACUGAGUGGAACUCACAGGUUGAAUUUGGGAGGGGGCAGAACUCAAGACUUUUAAUAAUCGUCUCUCCUCUGUUGUAGCUUUUUUGGGCUUUUUUUAAUGCUUUCUAUGCUUCUGUUAUAUAUAUAUUGAGAGAAACAAUGUGUAAGUACAAGAAUACCCGGCUACAGGUGUUUUGACUCAUCAUCUUGGUCAGUGAUCCUGGGAUCAGAAUCUGCCUGUUGUUCGGGUAACAGCAAGGUAUCAAUUUCACGGGGUUGUAUUUCAAAGUAACUUUAUCCACUUGAUUGUUUAGACUUUGCACACCACUUUUAAAAAGGUGUGCCUGCCAUGUCUUUAACUCACACCCAGUUGUUCACGAAGUUCACAAACCGUUAAUUGCAUAAGCCGUCAAUGGAUGAUUACGCAAAUGAUUAUCCCGUAAGGUCGUUUUUAUUUGAAUGUCAUUGGGGUGGGGAUUUCUCACACCCCUCACUCCUGCUCUACUGUCCAAGACUCAGAAGCACCCCCUAUGUGAAAGAAUUCCGCAUGUCAAGAACAGUAGGCUGCUCUUCACUUCCUUUUCUUUCUGUUAUUAAAUUGUUACUGCUGCAU